GCUCACUGGCGCGCUCUGGUGUCUUCGAAUGGGAUUGAUUCUUGGUUUUGGCCAUGAAAACGCCACGGUGGCUUUAGCUGGUGAAGUUGUGUUUACUGGGGAUGUUUACUGAAAUAAACACGUGUUUGGAAUUCAGACGCUAAGUUUUCCCAGUAUUUUCGGGUUCUGUUCGUUUUUUAUUUCUUGCGUAAGAGCUUGCUUUAUGAAAGCUGCAAUCUGGAUCGCGGCGGCGGAAACCGAAAGAAGAAGAUAGAGGAGUUCUCUCGGUCUUCUCGGGAAAAACUCGUCCAGUCCAAGAACAAGAUGUUCUCCAAAUUCACCUCGAUCCUGCAACAUGCAGUGGAAGCGCUUGCUCCAUCACUGCCCUUGCAGGAAGACUUUGUGUACCACUGGAAAGCCAUCACUCAUUACUACAUAGAGACUUCAGAUGAUAAAGCCCCGGUAACGGACACUAACAUCCCUUCCCACCUGGAGCAGAUGCUGGACAUCGUGAUUCAGGAGGAAGGAGAGAGGGAGUCGGGUGAGACGGGUCCCUGCAUGGAGUACCUGCUGCAUCACAAGAUCCUGGAGACUCUCUACACUCUGGGCAAGGCGGAUUGUCCACCUGGUAUGAAGCAGAUGGUCCUGACCUUCUACACCAAACUCCUGGGUCGGAUUCGCCAGCCGCUCCUGCCUCACAUCAACGUGCACAGACCUGUACAGAAACUGAUCCGUCUGUGUGGCGAGGUUCUGGCUGGUCCUACCGAGAACGAAGAGAUCCAGUUUCUCUGCAUAGUCUGUUCCAAGCUCAAACAAGACCCCUACCUGGUUAACUUCUUUUUGGAGAAUAAAGUAAAACGAUGCGAGGACAAAGAGUCAGACGCUGACAGGCCAAAAGACGAUCCGUCGUCUCCGGAUACAGGUCAGCAGCAGAGCGCCAGGGCAGGGGGCGACACUGGCGGCGCUGUGGGGGGAGCCGGAGCUGAGAUACACGCCAACAGCGCGAACAACAGCAGCAAUUACAACCUGGUCAGCUCUCUGCUCAACCUGACCAAGAGCCCAGACUCUCGUGUGGUGGUGAAGGCGUGCGAGGGCCUGAUGCUGCUGGUCAGCUUGCCCGAGCCUGCAGCCGCUAAGACGCUUACAGAAAGCACGGAGCUGUGUGAGCUGCUCACGGCUCGCCUGGCCUCGUUCUACCAGGCGCUCCCUCAGUCUAUGGACCCGCUCGAUAUCGAAACUGUCGAGUCCGUCAACUGGGGCCUGGACGUGUACAACUUGAAGGAAGACGCCGCUGCUUUCACAGGGAAGCGAGCGCUCAUUUCAUUCCUCUCCUGGCUAGACUACUGCGAUCAGCUCAUCAAAGAGGCACAGAAGACAGCGGCAACAGCUUUGGCUCAAUCGGUGAGAGAACGCUUCUUUGUACCUGUGAUGGAGCCCCAGCUCAUGCAAACGUCAGAGGUGGGCAUCCUGACCUCCACAGCACUAUUGAACAGGAUCAUCAGACAGGUGACAUCAGAGGCCUUGCUGCAGGAGACAGUGUGCUUCCUGUUGGGAGCAGAAGUCGGUCCUGAGACGCUGGCCAGCAUUACUCAGAAUCCGUUGAGGCACAGGCUCAUAGGGCACUGUGACCACCUAUCAGACGAGAUCAGCAUCAUGACCCUGCGGCUGUUCGAGCAGUUGCUGCAGAAACCGUGCCAGCAUGUCCUGCACAACUUGGUGCUGCGCAACAUCGACGAACGCAACUACAUCGAGAACAAGGCGCAAGACGAGCGCGAGGACCGCGAGCACUUGGAGAACGGGCAGCCGCACGACGCCAUUGAUUUGGAAGAGGACCCGCUGUUCUCAGACCUGUCUCCAGAUACCAAGCUGUCGAGCCCUGAUUGGCUGAGCUGCUCGCCUCCACCUAGCACAGAGCACACAAAGCCUGAUGGGAAAACAGAGGUUCACAAAAUUGUGAACAGUUUCUUAUGCUUGGUUCCGGAUGAAGCUAAAUCGUCUUAUCAAGUCGAAGGCACCGGAUACGACACGUACCUGAGAGACGCGCACCGACAGUUCCGAGACUUCUGCGUCAUCUGCCUGAAGUGGGAAUGGCGCAGCAGCCCGAAGCCUAUUGAGAAGUGUAACCUGGACAUCCCCUUCUUCGAGGGACACUUCCUUAAAGUGCUGUUUGACAGAAUGGGACGUAUCCUAGACCAACCGUACGAUGUCAACUUGCAGGUGACAUCAGUGCUAUCGAAGCUGUCUUUGUUGCCCCAUCCUCACCUGCACGAGUAUCUGCUGGACCCUUACAUCAAUCUCGCACCUGGCUGUAGAUCCCUGUUCUCAGUCAUCGUCAGGGUGGUGGGAGAUCUGAUGUUGAGGAUCCACCGUAUUUCAGAUUUCAACCCUAAACUGCUGCUAGUGAGGAAGAGGCUGCUCGGGAUGGAGCCUGAAGGAUCAAGUGUCGAUCAUGUGACCUUGCUGGAGGGUGUCAUUGUCCUGGAGGAGUUCUGUAAAGAGCUGGCUGCCAUUGCAUUUGUCAAGUUCCACACUUCUGCUUCUUCAUCCCCAUGAACUUUUGCUCACUUUGACCUGGAUACACGCAUCAAUGGCACAGUUCAGACUUGACCCAAAGUGGGAAACCGGCACAGAUUCACCACCACCUGUGAAGAUCCAGAGGGUCUACACUCACCUAUCUGAGAACAUGCAGGAGAGAUCAGGAUGGAGGAAAAAGCCCACAGGUCAAAACUUGGACAAGUGUGAAGGUGAAAGGUGAUUUGUAGUAGCACUCAUAUGCUUGUGUUUUAUCCCUCAUUCAAAUCACCUUUUUCUUUUUGUUUCUUUUUUUUUUAAACUUUUUGUUUAUUUUGCUAUUUUAUGUUAAAUUUUACAAAUUUGCCUUUAAUUGUUCCUCUGGCUUAUUUUAUAAUAUAUUUCUUUUUUAGUUUUCCUCUGGUUUUGCACACAAACCUGCAGACUUUCAGCUUCUUUUUUUUUUUUUUUUUUUUUUUUAAAGCCACAGCGUGUUUCACUUUGGAUAGAAACACACUUAUAAUUUAUUCUUGUCCAAGAAGUUUUGAAAGAGCGUAAAUUAUACCCAAUGUCAGAAUUGAAAUGAUUGAUAUACGAGAUGCUAACCAAAAAAAAAAAAAAAUCUGCUCUUUAUCUAAAGUGAUAAAUUUUAAUGCGAAAGUUUAAUUUUAAUAAGCUGUUGUUACAGCAACAGAUCAUGUGCUUCUAUAAUUUUUUUUUUGUUGGGGUGGAGAAAUGAUACCAAAUGAUAAUCUUGUGUAUUUAAUAAUGCAUAUGCAACCGAAACCAUUAUCUGUAAUGUUGAUCUUUUGAUAACUCAGGAUCAGAAAUCGAACUGUGCUUAAAAAAAAAAAAAAAGAAAGAAAAGAAAAAAUCCAGCCCUGCUUAAAAACAUUUUUCCUCAGUUCUGAUCCCUGUUUCAUUGGUUAAAUAGAAAAAAAAGGCGUAACACGGAAUGUUUAAUUCGGACCGCGCACGUUUUGCACAUGAGAUUUCACUGGAGCGUCCUCGGAGGACCGUGCGUCACGUCCCCGACAGUGUUCGGAAAACCUUUCCUUUUUCAGCUGCAUUGCCUUACACGUGUGUAUGUUAAUUUAUGCCAUGCGUAUUUGUGUGUGCCUUGUACUUAGCUAGGAUUUAGCUGUUCAUGUCACUUUUACGUGUUUCACAGUAAUUUAUUCGAGGUAAAGAUUUGCUGUUUGAUGUCUUAUAGUUUCAGUAUUAUUACAAAACAUCGGGCGGAUUUAUUUUUCCCCUCCUCAUCAGCUUUUAACGAAACAUACACCAGCAAUAGUGUUGUCCAGUGGACUUUUUUUUUCUUAUGCAUUUCACAGGGGGGAAAAAACUUUUACAAUACUGAAGUUUCCUGUGAAGCUGGUUUUGUGUAUUGAUUAAGUCCUGUUUUUAAGGGAACAGUUAAAGUUUUCCCCCUAACUUUUGAUCUAGGCAUGUGUUUGUUGAUCAGUUCUGUAAUAUUUAAAGAUUACAGCAUAACUGGGUGUGCUUUUAUAGACAAAAUCAUCAUCGAUAGGAUGUUGACCACUCAGCAAAGUGUUUUCUUUCUCCCACACCACAGCGUUUGUGCUCCUAAAGUAAAGGCGAGGAUUUUGGAGUCACACUGAAAUUUGCAAUACAUUAAACAUAACAAAUAGUAAAAGCUUGCCCAAAUGUGAGUACUAAUAAACAUGCUGAGAUACUAUUCGGUUUUGAUUACCAACACAUGCCUAUUUUAUACUUUUUUUUUUAUUAUUUCCUUUGGACCUUUAGAACAUCUUUCCUGCAAACUGAUGUACGAUUUUACAUUUACACUAGACUCCAUUGUUCUUUUGGGUAAUCACAUGCAAAGACUUGUUGUUUUUCCCUAAUUUCUUUCCUUGAGUACCUGUUGUUGUGUUCGUGUCUUGUUUAUUGUAAAGAUCCUAAUUUCAUCAUCUUGCACAUUUUAUACCAUAAACGUUCCCAAGAGGUUUUCUUUAAUACUGUAUAUAUGUGUACAUGAUGUAAAAUGCAUGCGAACGCCUUUUCUAGGAGGAAAGAAAUGUAUCCCCAUUUUGUUUCCAUCACUUUUUUUUUUUUCCUUUCCUCAACUACAUACUUUUUAACCUCUCGGUUGCCAGGUAUUAAGGCUCUUAUAAGGCAGGGGCUAGAUAUGAAAACAAAAGAAAAGAUGUUCUCCAGACUUGGAACAUUGGAGAUCGUUAGACUCCUCGUGAUCGUUUUCAGUUCGGAUGCAAUUAAAACAUGUUCCAAAUAACUUGCUGCUUUAAGACCUUGUUAUAUCAGCAUACGAAACACUAUUGUCGUUUGAACUAUGCGUAUAGUAAAGCUGUAAGUGGAAAAAAAAAUUGGUGCUGCCUGCCAAAUUUUUAUUUGCUGCACGAAAUGCGACCUAGAAAUGUUCCUCAAAAACCAUUAACAUGCCUAGAUGUGACACAUGCCUUAUUAGAGGGCAGUGGAGGAUGCGAUUUAUGCUCUUUGUGAGUCCGAGUCUUACAUUUAACUUCUUAUGGUGAUGUUUUGUGAGUAGUAAUGAGUAGAAAGCCACCGAAUGCAAUUCCAUUAGCGUUUUUUAUUUUUCAUUCAUUCAGACCAGACACUGUUCUGCUUGACGUACUUUCUCGCGACGUUGCAUCACUCCGACACACGAUGUCAAAAAGUCACUGCCAUAAUGCAGCAUCGAGCUGUUGCGUAGAUCAUUGUGUUGCUUGCUCACCAUCUUGUUCCUUUAAAGUAGGGAUGAUCUCGUAUCGGUUGCACUCUUAUGCCCCAUCCCCCACUGACUUACUGUACGCUGGACAUUGUGAUUCAGCAUCAAACACAUCGUGUUGCACCUUUCAUCAAUUUUAUAUCUUUAAGGGAAAAAUAAAAGGUUUCUUAAACUUUCCGUCCCAAUUAAAAUAUCAUUUUCUCCAA